AUGCCACACACAUCCCGCAAAAAACGCCCCACCAACACCAAACGUCUCCAAAUUUCCGACCCCUCCUCCGGCUGGACGCACAUCACCACCACCGCCCACUCCUCCUCCACCUCUAAUAAGAACAACACGAUAGACGAACUUCUCCCCGCCGAAAGCCCCCCGAAACUCACCCUCCCAAUUCUUCAAUCCCAAUUCGCGACCCACAAGCAGAAAUAUGACCUCUCCGCGACGGCGCAAACGCUCCGAUCUACAAUCCGCAAUAUCUUUUCCCAUCAUAACCACCCCGACGACGACGACGGCAAUGACAACCUCAAUAAGCAGCUCCCCACAGAAAUAAUCUGCAUAGGUCUAGGUAGCCUAAGCGGCCUCCUCCGCGGCGGAUGGGUCGAUCGUCGUCGGGUAUCGAUGUAUCAGCUUGCUGCGCUGGUGGGGAUCAUUGAGUGUUUUGACACAAAAAGAAUACCAAUCUACGCCCAAGACCCUGUCUUCAACACCCUCGACAAAGCCCUGUUCUCCUCGCUCAACAUAACAGUGGUGGAAUCCCCCCGCGCAUUCGAGUCAGUCGGUCCUCGCACAUUACUGUUUUGUCCUGGGGCGGAGAGGGCGCAUCUGAAAGAUAUGAUGUUGCGCGGGCCGGGGGUCGUUGUUUCUUCUUGCGAUGAUGAUGAGAUUCUUUCGAACUUGAAUAUUGGUCAUGAUGGUAAUGGUCAUGAUGAUAAUGGUGGCGAUGAUAAUGAAAAAAAAGAGGCGAAGACCAGACAAGGAGUCAAGCUACCUCUGUUUGAAGAGCAGGAGAGUGCGUUUUGGGGGGUGGGGGUUUAUUAUUACUGA